AUGGCGGACCACAAGGCAUAUCGUCAUUGGAAGAUCUCCUUGUCGUCUGCUUGUGUCAUCUCUGCUCUCUCCCCACCUACCCAUACUCCUGCCCUGUUCAGAUCCUCAUCGCUCCCCGAUGUUCACUUAGGCCUCCAGCCUCACCACUUCCACGUCUUCUGGCUCGCUGUGAGCCUCCACGUCUGCACGCGCGACUCCAACUCCCUUCCCUCCGCCCUUCCGUCGACUCCACUCCCUCAAUCUAGACACAAGCUUUUGGCGCCCAAUGAUGGUCCGCGUCACUCGUUUGAAUGUGGCCCAACGGCCCUCUCUGCCCUCCAGAAGGGCGAGGCUUUCCGUCUAGAACCCAGCGUCAAGUCGCUCUUUCUUCGCGGCCUCCUCACGUUCGGCCUUCUCCUGCGCUUCGAAUUGUUGGAAGAGUGUGAGGUGCCUUGGGCGGAACGGGUUUCGGAACUUGAUAUGGCGGAUGUGCAUGUUGACUAG